UUAUCGAUUCAACAGUUCACCCAGACACUGGUGAACCAAUAUUUUUACCAUUUAGAAUGUCACACUUUGUACUGACUAAUCUUGUUGUUGUCGCUGGUAUGUUAAUGCCAAAUACUAGUGUAAUUUUCGUCCAAAUGUUUCUUUAUUAA